UUCACUGGAAGAAUUUCAUAAUACAAUUUUUAUAAAAUGAGUUUCAAUAGAGUGAAAGAACAUAUAGAAGAAGAUGACAUUGUUAUUUUGUAUUUGGGACCGAAUAAUAUGCACACGCUAGAAGUGACCAAGAAAAUCAAGAACAAGAAGGACGAAUUCGUAGACAAUGUGUUUCAAACGACAUACGGUGCCCUAAAAGUAUAUUCGUUGCUGGGGAAAAAAUAUGGUACACGAGUGGAGCUAUCUAGAGGCUGGGCAUAUGUUUUACAGCCGACUCCUGAAUUAUGGACAGUCACGCUUCCACACAGAACUCAGAUUAUUUAUACUCCCGAUAUAAGCAUGAUUAUAUACCUUAUGGAAAUUGUUCCGGGAAGCAUAGUAAUCGAAUCAGGUACCGGAAGUGGUUCACUUUCGCAUUCUUUGAUACGUACGAUACGUCCCACCGGGCAUUUGUACACAUUUGAUUUCCAUGAGCAACGUGUAUCUCUAGCACAGGAUGAGUUUAGAAGACACGGAAUUAGUGACUUUGUUACAUCCAAUCACAGAGAUGUAUGUUUAGAUGGAUUUGGAAUCGAACUAAGGCAUAAAGCAGAUGCAGUAUUUCUAGAUCUCCCACAUCCAUGGAUGACAGUAAAGCAUGCCUGUGAUACUCUAAAAGAAUCAGGUGGAAAAUUGUGUUCGUUCUCUCCAUGUAUAGAACAAGUUCAACGGACAUGUUCAACAUUAACAUCGGAAGGGUUCGUCGAGUUAAAGACCUUCGAAUGUCUUCAGAGGGAAUUAACAGUGCAAUAUAAAAAAUUACCAAUUUUAAAUUUGGAAUGUUUAAAAUAUAAGCGCACUAAUGACAGAGAAGACCAGAAUGUUGGAAAUCAAAGCAGUAAAGAAACGGAAAAGCAGGAUGAAAACAAACUUCUGACCGUCACUCAUCCACACUCGUUACCAGGCCAUACUGGCUUCAUAACAAUUGCUACUCUACCUCCGCUUUUUUCGCGCGUUACAAAACAUGACUAAAUCUAUUUUCAAUGCAUAAUUGUUUUAACAGGAAUAUAACUGGCAAAUAGUACCUGUCUGAUUCUCCCAUUUGUCAUGGCGGCUAACUAGUCGAAACAUAAAAGUUAUCGUAAAUUCAACAUGUAGGAAAAUGUGUAAUAGAUUAAUGGUUUUACAAAA